AUGGCCCAUUCCAGCUGCUCCUCUCGCUGCAAGCCUACCUGCUGCAGAACCACCUGCUGCAAGACCAGCUGCUGGAAACCAGCCUGUGUCACCAGCUUCUGCAGCACACCCUGCUGUCCACCCAGUUGCUGUGUUAAAACCACCUGUGACAGCUGCUGCCAGCCCUGCUGUCCCCCAGCUUGCUAUGAAACCACCUGCUACAGGACCAUCUGCUGCAAACCAACCUGUGUGGUCAGCUUCUGCAGCACACCCUGCUGUGAGCCCAGCUGCUGCUGUGAGCCUUGCUGCUGCCCCAGCUGCUGCAUCAUUCCCUGCUGCCAGCCCUGCUGUCCCCCAACUUGCUGUGAACUCACCUGCUGCAGGACCACCUGCUGCAAACCAACCUGUGAGCCCAGCUGCAGCACCUGCUGCCAGCCCUGCUACUGUGUGGACACCUGCUGCCAGCCUUGCUGCCCAUGA